GCUACCUGAAAAUUACUAAGGAUGUGGCAUUAUAACCUCCUUUCUCUCAUCUUCAGUUUUUCAGUGUAUCAUCGAUGGCUUUUUUCAAAUACAAGGAAAUCCUUUUUACUCCACUGGUCCACUCAGUGGAAACACUCAGCUAUGUAGAAAACGAAUUCCAACUGCUGGAUGAUGAUACUGUGGUCGUAGCUUACCCCAAGUCAGGUACUCAUUGGAUGGUGGAGAUCUUGGGCUUAAUCCAGAGUCAAGGGGACCCCACAUGGGUUCAGAAGGUACCACUGUGGGAAAGGGCACCCUGGAUUGAGAUGGAUGAUCAUUUGCAGAUUGCCUUGAAAAAUCCUUCCCCAAGGAUCCUGAAUACUCACCUGGCAUUCCAGCUUUUCCCCAAGUCCUUCCUCCACUCCAAGGCCAAGAUAGUCUGUACACUGCGUAACCCCAGAGAUGUGAUGGUUUCAACCUACUACUUCAGGAAAGGCCUUAAAGAUUGCAAUGAUCUAGAAACUGUGGAAGAGUUCAUGGAGAGUUUCCUGAGUGGGGAAGUGGGUUAUGGUUCCUGGUUUGACCAUGUGAAAGGCUGGGUGGAGAUGAAGGAGAGAGCCAACAUCUUCUUCAUCACCUAUGAAGAACUGCAGCAGGACCUUCGAGGCAGCGUGCAGAAGAUCUGUCAUUUUCUUGGCAAGGAGCUAAACAGCCAACAAAUUGAGUCUGUGGUGGAAAACGCCUCCUUCCAGAAGAUGAAGGACAACAAGAUGUCCAACUUUUCUUUAAUACCAGAGAGCAUUUUUGAUCAAACAAAAGCAAAGUUCAUGAGGAAAGGGAUCUCCGGGGACUGGAAGAACCACCUGACAGUGGCGCAGAGUGAACGCUUUGAUGAUGCCUAUCAGGAGAACAUGCAUGGCGUGAAUAUGACCUUCCCAUGGGACCAAAGAGUCCGAGAUUGUUGCUCCUGCUAAGAACCUCUCCUCCUCCUAAGAACCACAUUCUUAUGUAUCAUAUGGUUUGGCUAUUUUCUGCUACCACUGCGCUAAAUAAACAUACCUGACCAGGAAUGGAACAGUUGUUCUUUAUUUUUUGACCAAAUCACAAAGUGCCUUUAGAGCUUGGAGGUCCUUCUGCAGCAGCUGCAGGAGAAAUGCUGAGAUCGAGACGCCCCUUGAACAUCUCCUUCAUAGAUCUGAUGAAGGCCUUCAACCUUGUCAGCCAAAAAGGACUCUUCACACUCCUCAAAAU